CUCGCGCAUGCGCGCGCCGUGCAAACCAUUUGGCGGGUUUUUUCGGGUUGCUUUCUGUUCUACGCAGUCUUUAGAUGCUCAACUGAAGUUUUCAGGAAACAGGACGUUGUCCCCAGAAGAGCGAGCUAACGAGAUUUCUGCUUCCAUCCUUCGGGCGUUUGGGGCUCCUCCCACAUUAAAAAGAAGUGUUUCUCCGUGACCGACGCCUAGGGCCUUCCGACCGCCGGAGGGCUUGGGCCACUAGGUCUUCUUCAGUCGCGGCCCCCGCGAGGGUGAAAGGAUCAGAGGGACCAGGUCCUGCGUAUCAGUCUCCACGCCGUGAGUUCCUUGAAUUCGGGUCCGAGCUCGGUGGGCCGGGCCCCCGGCCUCCCUCCUGGGUCGCCAUGAGCGUGUCCGCCCAGCGCCUGGUGGAGGAGUUGCAGAUCUUCGACGUAGAUUGCGAGGCGGCUUUGACCGACAAACUGGUAGAGCUGUGCAUUCUGUAUGGACAGAAUGAGGAGGGAAUGGUAGCUGAGCUUAUAGCCUUCUGCACCAGCAAGCAGAAAGUUGGCCUUACUUCAGAGACACUGAACUCUUUUGAGCACGAGUGUCUGAGCAAAAAAUUGUCCAGAGCACCCCAGGAUGGUGGGCAUGCAGGAGCCAGAGACAUUGUUUCCAUCCAAGAGCUAAUCGAAGUGGAGGAAGAAGAAGAGAGCCUCUUGAACUCUUACACCACACCCUCUAAGGGUUCUCAGAAGCGAGCUAUCACCACCCCAGAAACACCCCUAACAAAAAGGACCGUGUCUACUCGGAGCCCCCAUCAACUCCUCUCGCCUUCAAGUUUCUCUCCAAGUGCUACUCCCUCUCAGAAAUACAGCUCAAGAAAUAACCGAGGAGAAGUGGUUAUCUCCUUUGGCUCAGCACAGGGAGUGUCUUGGUCCGGAAGAGGAAAGGCCAGCAACAUCAGCCUGAAGGUCCUAGGGUGUCCAGAAUCACUAACUGGGAGCUACAAAUCAAUGUUUCAGAAACUUCCAGAUAUCCGAGACGUUCUGACCUGUAAGAUAGAGGAGCUUGGCAGCGAACUCAAGGAACAUUACAAGAUUGAGGCUUUUACUCCUGUUCUGGUCCCAGCUCAGGAGCCUGUCAUUCUGCUGGGCCAGAUUGGCUGUGAUACCAAUGGGAAGCUGAAUAGCAAGUCAGUGAUUCUUGAGGGAGACCGGGAACAUUCCUCAGGGGCCCAGAUUCCAGUGGAUUUAUCUGAGCUCAAAGAAUAUUCUCUGUUUCCCGGACAGGUUGUAAUUAUGGAAGGCAUCAACACGACAGGUAGAAAACUUGUUGCCACCAAACUCUACGAGGGCUUGCCGCUUCCAUUUUAUCAGCCCACUGAGGAGGAUGGAGAUUUUGAGCAAAACAUGGUCCUGGUGGCCUGUGGGCCAUAUACCACAUCUGACAGCAUCACGUACGACCCCCUGCUCGAUCUGAUCGCCAUUAUCAACCGCGAUCAGCCGGAUGUCUGUAUCCUGUUUGGACCUUUCCUGGAUGCCAAGCAUGAACAGGUUGAGAACUGCCUGCUCACAAGUCCAUUUGAAGAUAUUUUCAAGCAGUGUCUGCGGACAAUUAUUGAAGGGACGCGAAGCUCUGGCUCCCAUCUCGUCUUUGUCCCAUCCGUGAGGGAUGUGCACUGUGAGCCCGUGUACCCACAGCCACCUUUCAGCUACUCCGACCUGGCUCGAGAAGACAGAAAGCGAGUGCACUUCGUGUCUGAGCCCUGCAACCUCUCCAUAAACGGAGUGAUCUUUGGCCUGACAUCCACAGAUCUGCUGUUCCACAUGGGAGCCGAAGAGAUCAGUAGUGCUUCUGGAACUUCAGACAGACUCAGCCGAAUCCUUAAACACAUCCUGACCCAGAGAAGCUACUACCCACUCUACCCUCCUCAGGAAGACAUGGCCAUUGACUAUGAGAAUUUCUACAUCUAUGCACAGUUGCCCAUCACCCCAGACAUCUUCAUUAUCCCAUCAGAGCUGAAAUACUUCGUGAAGGACGUCCUCGGCUGUGUCUGUGUGAAUCCCGGGCGCCUCACCAAAGGGCAGGUUGGGGGCACCUUCGGCCGGCUCUUCCUCAGGAGGCAGCAGGCCAUGGGCGGGGAAGGGAGGCAGAGUCCGUGCACUGCCGCCCAGGUGGUCAGGAUCUGACGCCCGUGCUCACAGACAUCUGGGAUCCCAGCCAUUGAGAGGUAGAGGAGAGAGGACAGCCAUCUGGAGAGGAGAAGCUGUGGGGCGUGGACCCAGCGGGCAAGGCCUUGUGCAGCUGGGCCCUGACUCUUAGUCAAGCUGCUCUGGCAGAAAGCUGUUGUUUCUUCCUGGACCCACAGUCCAGAGCGAACUGGCUGUGGAUGCAGCCUGCUCAGAAAAGACAAGACGACUUUGUGAUUUUCUACAAGAGGACUUUUGGAGAAAUAAAAGUCAAUUCUGAGGGUGA